GAAGAAGAGGAGGAGGAGGAGGAGGAGAGAAGAAAAAGAAAGAGAGAAGAAGAAGAAGAAGAGGAAGAGGAAGAAAAAACACCACCACCACCACCACAACACCACAAAACACCCCCAAAAACACCAAAACCCCUCAGAACACCAGAACCUUUAAAGAAAACCACAAUAUUUUAGGGGAAACUCACCCAAAUGUAUCCAGUUACCAGCAGGGAGAAGACACAUACACACACACACUUCCAGGGCUUAUAUACAUAGACACAAGCUACCUGGGGGCUGGAAUGACCCUUGGGGGGCUAGACCGGGGUGUCCUUGGGGGCUGCGAAUGUCCGAGUGUCUGCCAAACGGACUGCCAUGGGUCUAAAAUCGCAUAUCGAGAAAACAUUUUAACCAGCGUUCCUCCAAGCGAUCCAGUGCUAGAGUGUAAUGAUUUGUGUGCGUGUGUGCGUUCGUGUGGCAACCGCGUGGUGCAGCAUGGUCCGGUCAGGGGGCUAGAGGUCCGGUCCACCCCUGGGAAAGGCAUGGGGCUGUUUACCUCGUGCGUUUUACCAAAAGGCGCGUUUGUUUGUGAGUACGCUGGCGAGAUUAUAUCUACAAAAAUCGCCGUCACUCGCUUUGAACGCCAAUCAGGGACCCCAAACUACAUCUUAGCCAUGACGGAGCACUUGGGGACGGACCACAGAACGACAAUAGUGGACCCUACAGUCACUGGGAACAUUGGGCGGUACGCGAACCACUCCUGUGAACCAAAUAUGUGUGUUUUGCCAGUAAGAAUCGGGGAGACAUGGCCGAGAGCUGCAUUAUUUACCAAGAGACAAGUCCAGGCUGGCGAGGAACUGUGCUAUCACUAUGGGGACACUAUGGGAGAGCCUGGGAGAGUGGGAGAGAGUGUGGGAGGGGCUGGGAGAGUAGGAGAGAGUGUGGGAGAGGCUGGGAGAGGCUUAGGUGUGCUGGGAGAGGCUGGGAGUGUGUCUAAGAGCGAUGAAGAAGGAGAGAGAGUGUCUGGGAGAGGAAAGGAAGGAGAUAGAGAGGCAGGGAGAGAUUUGGGUGUACUGGGAGAGGCUGGGAGAGUGAGAGAGGCCAUGGGAGAGGCUGGGAGAGGGAGAGACAUCAUGGGGGAGGCUGGGAGAGAGGGAGAGGGACUGGGAGAGCCUGGGAUGUACUGGGAGAGGCUGGGAGAGAGUGAGAAAGGUAUGGAAGACACUGGGAGAGGCAUAGAUGAAGAGGGAGAGGUGGACAGGAGGUGGGAGAGGGAGGGAGAGAGGGAGAGGGAAGUGGAGGAGAAGGUGGAGGAAAAAUGCAGACUUUCCUCCACUCCUUGUCUGUGUGGAGGGAAAAUGUGUCUCCGUUUCCUUCCUGCUGUUAAACCUGAGAUGGAUUGACACAGACAGACAGACGGACAGACACACAGAUAGAUGGAUAGAUAGACACACAGACAGACAGACAGACAGACUGAUAGACAGACAGAGACAUAGAGAGAUAGAUAGACAGACAGACACACACACAUACAGACAGACAGACAGACAGAUAGACAGAGACAUAGAGAGAUAGAUAGACAGACAGACAGACACACAUACAGACAUACAGACAGA